AUGGCUUUCAGAACUGAUGCCGGCUCUAUUGAUCCCAAUGCUACCGACGGCACCUUCUGUCAGUGGCGUACUGUGAGUUGGAUUUAUUUGAUUCCCAGUGCUCUAUUGGGUAUCUGUAUGUUCUUCGUUCCGGAAUCUCCUCGUUGGUUAGCUCAGCAUAGUCGUGCUGACGAUGCCAAGAUGGUUCUAUUGAGACUGAGAGGUUAUGAGUCAGUUGAAGAGGAUCCUGAGAUCAUGGAAGAAGUGAAGGCUUAUGAGAUAUUAGCUGCCCAUAAUGCUAAGAACGCAAAGAACACCUGGAAGGAGAGUGCUUCCUGGGCUUCCAGUGCGCUUGGCCAUUGCAAGAUGCAGUUGUUCAUUGGUAUUGCUUUGCAAGUCCUCCAGCAGUUCUCCGGUAUCAAUUCCGUUAUAUUUUAUCGAACAACUAUCUUCCAGGCUGCUAGAUUGGAUAACAAAGAGGCUAUGGCACUUGCUGUUAUGGCUGCUCAAGUGGUUGUAACUCUAAUUGCUUGCAUCAUCAUGGAUAUCGCGGGAAGAAGAGUUCUUUUGGUAGCGGGUGCUGCUGGUAUGUGUGUAGCAGCUAUUCUACUGGGUGUAUUCUUCCUCCUUGAUGAUCUUAAUGAUAACGAUAUCAGCUGGUUGGCUAUCUUCUCCGCCUUCUUGUAUAUUGCUUCCUUCGCCAUCGGUGUUGGUGCCAUCCCAUGGUUGAUCAUGGCUGAGAUCUUUCCAAAUGAAGUUAGGGGUCUCGCUGCAUCUAUCGCCACUGGCGUUCACUUUAUCUGUUCUUGGAUAGUCACCAUGUUCUUAGAUGACUAUGGAGAGGCUAUAACAUACCAGGGUGUCUUCUGGAGUUUUGCCGUUGUUUGUCUUGUGACGGUCAUCUUUGUUCUGUUGGUUGUUCCAGAGACAAAAGGCAUGACCUUCGAACAGAUUCAAAAUUACUUCAGUAGAAAAUAUAGUGAGACUUUUGAAGCUUCCGUCAAUGUAGAUGUCGAGAAGGCUGUUUGUUCGCAGUGAGUAUAGUACUGGCACUGAGGUAGUGCUAUUUUCUCUUCAAGUAUGUUCAAUAUGGCCUGUUCCUCGCUAAGAUAGUGUACAUAUAUUCAUUCUAUAGAUCCGUUAACGGGCGACCAAAGGUAUUUUUCAUAUCAUAGGGUUGUUCCGAUAGACUUCUUGAGAUCUACUCCCAGCUUGUCAUUGGAUAAGUUACAAGGCU